AUGGUUGGAGGAGAGGGUGAGAUACUUGCUAGCCCCAGUUCAUCUCUUUGGCGUUCGAAUGAGGAGAGACCAUCAUAUGCCAACAUGGUAGUGGGCAUCAGCAAGGAAACUCCGUCACUUAUUAUAGCACAGGAAACUGAUUCUAUUGUUGUGCGUGACGAGGAUUGCAGUAUUGAUAGUUCAGGUCCUAUCACCAAGAUAAGUUUUUCAGAGCGUGUGCAUGACCAAAUUAACCAAUGUAUGAAGCAGGUGCUCAUCAUCCGUCUGCUGGAUAGAUCGAUGGGGUGUAAAACAUUAUUAACUAGAGUUCUCACACUAUGGAAACUGAAGGGGGAACUACAGCUAGUGGAUAUGGAGAAUAACUAUUAUCUGGCAAUAUUUACUGUUGAGGAGAAUUAUGUCAAGGCGUUAUUUCGACGCAUUGCUGAAGCAGUAGGGAGAGUUGUGAAGAUUGAUUAUAAUACUCAAGCAGGAGGGUGCGGCAAAUUUACUCUUCUGGUAAUCAUUGCGGAUUUAAACAAACCUCUAAAAUCUUGCAUUGGAAUAGAUAACUUCAUACAACAGCUUGAAUACGAAGGUUUGAACAAUAUUUGUUUUACGUGUGGCACGAAUGGCCAUUCAAGUGAAGUACGUGGUAAAUCGAAAGGAACCUCUAUGGAAGCAGAAGCGGAGAUUCAUAGUGUGGAUACUAGAAAAGGUCCAUCUUUGGAGGCGAAGGGAGAGGAGUUAUAUGGUCCCUGGAUGGUGGUGAAGAAGCGAAAGCGUAAACCAAGGGUUGAAGGGGAAGAAGAGCAAGGAGUUCAAGGUACUAUUGCAUCUGAUGCUAAGAAAACUGGUAGGGAUAAAAAGGACCAGAAAAGAAAGCAAACGGUCAUAGAUGGAAAUAAUGGAGAAAUUCAAGCAGGUUACACACUCAAUAAUGCUUACAUAGCUUCUAACCCGGGAAAAAAAGAAGAAGACAGCUGA